AUGAAUCUUAACGAGCGGCUGAGCUCCGUGCUGCAGUACGUGCGGGAGAGCGGCGACCCGUACGUGCGCCUGGUGCACGCCGCGAUGAAGGCCGACCGGCGUGCGGUGCCGUUUUACCAGAUGGAGGAGGUGCGGGAGGCGACCUUUCAGUCGGACCACGCCUGCGAGAUGGUCGUGAGGGCCCUCGCGCCGAGCCUGGAGGAGCGGGCGACGGCGGCGGCGGCGGGCAAGGCCCUCUACAUCCUCCGCGUGCUUUUCCUCGAGGGCGCCAACGGCGUCCGCGUCCGCGUGGCGCGGCUGCGCGGCAGCCUGCACCGCCUUGCGCACGUGCAGGACGUCCGCCGGGACUCGCUGGAGGCGGCGAACCGGGACGCCGCCGCCGCCCUGCUGCAGGCGCUGGACGGGAAUGGCGAGGCGCUCGCGUCGCGCGGCGGCAGCGGUGGCGGGACGGUGGAGGCGGAGGCGACCUCGCCGCAGUCGUACAAGAGCGAGUUUCAGGCAAUGCACGAGAAGGAGCAGCGGCUGUACCGGCGACGGUGCGAGGAGGAAAAGCGGCACGCGGCGCUGACCGUGCGGGGGCGCGUCUACGGCACCUUCGACGGCGGCCUGUCGCCCGACAAACUCGUCGAGCAGGUCGUCGUGAGUCCGAAGAAGCGGUUCGCGCCGGCAGAGCUGGAUUCAUUUGUGGCCGCCGCGCAGGCCACGGGAGAGCUGCCGGCGGUGUGCGCCGCGCUCGACCAGCGGCUGCAGGGCAGUCGGCAGACGCUGCAGGACAGGUACAAGGUCCUCCUCGUGGUGGAGGCGCUCGUCCGCGGGGGCGUGAGGGAGGCCCAAGAGUAUUACCGGGAGAACAGCGAGGGGCUUCGUCGUCACCUGACCGUGAACAGCGCCGAAAACCCUGUCAAGGCAGAGGCGGCGCAAAGCACUGCGCGUCGCAUUCUGCAGGCGUUGCCCACGACGCCGCCACGCCACGCUGGCCCCCCGCAGCAGCCCACGUCGUCGCAGCUGGACGCUCUCUUUGCAGGCGUGUCGCUGCAAAGCCCACCGGCGGCGUCCGCGUCGCAGCAGCAGACAUCUGCUGCUACUUUUAUUGAGGACAUGUUUGGCCCCUCACAGGGCGCUCCUGCCUCGCCGAGGGAAGUGGCGCCAGCGUUAGGCGCGUUCCAGUCCCCCAUGGGCGCGGGUUUUGGCGCAUUGAGUGGGGAGGCGUGGCAGCCACCGCCGGGGCGUGUCUCUUCGCCGUGCGUGUCGCAGGGCUUUGCUCCGUCGGGGGGGAGCUGCGCCGACUCGCUGCGGCAGACGCCCUCGGCCCCACUGGCCGGUGUGCGGGGCGUCUCUGCAGUCACCGCAGGGGAACCUGCGCCCCGGGCAACCCCGCCGCGCAGUGCCCCAGACAUGCCGCGCGCCGGAGACGACCGAAGCGACGCCGAGAGGCUGCGGCUUAUGCAAGAGAUACAGGCACAGAUGGAGGUGACGCGGCAGAUGCUGGAGCAGCAGCAGUCCGCCCUGCAUUCACUCCAGGCAGGACUGCCCAAAAAGUGA